AUGUGCAACGGCGCGGCGGGGAGCAGGGGCCGCUAUUCCACGCGAGAGCAGAAGUCCCAGGCGCAAGUUGAGAUGGCCUGCGCCAAACAAAGCAAAGACAGUGAAAAGGAAAACAAUAGUUCCCCAACCACGAAGGAUUGGAACGGGGGUGUGGGAGGGAAAAGGCACCAAAAGAGACACAAGGAGGAAAAACAGCAACGUGGACGGCGCUGCUGGAACGAAGCGGGUGCUCGAAGACUCCGUCUUCCGUGUGAUGCCUCAGCGUGCCAGUUCAUCAGCCGUCGUUUUGCGUGGUCCCGUUCAUCCCUCCUCGUCCACGCCUUGAUUUAUCCCACAUUAUCACUGCUGCUGCUUCUUCUGCUGUUUGUCACGCUUCUUAUUACGGUUUGCUUGUGUUUCAUCCUUCAGCAACGUGUGAACUAUCGUGACUGCGCCACUCGCUGCUCUCAUAUGGGCGUUUCGCACGCGUUGCUGUGUGCCUCCACGAAUCCGAGUCAUUUUGAUUCCUUUCCGUCUGCUUCUCGUCCACACAGACACACCCAUAUUGCCGUUCUGUCUAUAUUUGUAUAUAUAUGA